AUGUCUGGUCUAACUCUAACGUCACCAAUCGACUCAUUACCCAAUGAGCUUCUCAUUGCGAUCCUAUCCACCUUUGAAUCUCGCGAGCUGCUGCCAUUAACGACUGUCGACCGCCGCUUCAAUGGUACCGCCACCACAAUACUGCAACACCGCCUCCUUCAUACCGCGAAGAUGGAAGGACACGAGGUGAUGCUGGAGAGCUACCACCCAAGUGCCAGGAACUCAACACCGUCAAUGACGUGUAGAUUUGCAGGCGUUGACUUCCUGGGAUACCAGUGGACCGGCGAGGAAGAUAUGGACUUGCGUGAUCUCUCCCACCUUUACUCCCACUUCCGCCCGGUCGUCUCCGAAGAGACGCGACGCAUGCGGAGAGUGUUUGGUCGACGGAUGCCGGGCGCCCCACUCGAGCAAGAAAUCGGCGACCAGCCAGUUGUCCAAGAACUCAUCCUGGAUGACGGAGAGCUCUUCUCUCAACUUUGCACAACAACUAGCUUGGUCAAGUCAGGUCCGAACCCUGGUCUUCUCGCUAGCCACAGCAAUAUUGAGAAUGGCGUGGUACGCGUCUGGAGACACUGGCUAGCAAAGGCGGCCGCUAGGACAGCCAUUUGCCCAGCAGGGCAAGGACCAAUCGACGAGAGCACCAUCUUGUGGGCCGACGCUACGAAGAAUGUCGGAUUGCGAUUCAGCGUUACCGAUAUCACCAAGGAGCGUCUACCUGUCUACCGCGGAUUGGACGAGGAUGCUCCUGUCGCCUACUCUCUGCACUACCAAGGUAAGAUCACCAUGUCCAGACCCAUGUGGCAGGCAAGCGGCAAGCGACUAACUAUGACACUAGAGUUACUGGUUCGCACAAGCCAAGUACUGCUGGCGAUGGAGAAAUCAGCAGUCCAAGAAGUUGUCGACUCAGGGCGCGCAGUGUCGACGAGCUCAACUCGCAACAUCAACAUCGAAAAGUUUCGAGAAGUGCAAGCAAGUGGGCCAAGUCCUCGCAGAUCGGUAUUGGCUCGGUCAACGUUGUCGCCGCCUAUUCUUCCUAGGAUGGAACGCCUCCCAGAACUUGGCUACUCAGUAGCGGCCACCUUGGUGAAGACGAACAUCCAGCGUCAGAAUACCCAUACCACUAUCACAUCUCUUCCGACUCUUCUAGACCACUUUGCUGACUUUGCCGUCCUCUUCAUAGGUUUUGUCAUGCAGCUCGACGCGAAGAGUGCCCAUGCAGUAAAAACCGUCUUGAUGGCACCCGCUAUGCGACCAUUCCAGCCUCAAGCGGUUGCUGUCAUGUGA